AAUGAGUGAGCCUGCCGAAUGAAACAGACUCUUGAGGACUUCCUUCUUUCAUCGUACAUAUUGGGUUCCUGCUCCGGAGAAAACUACCUGAAGAGAAACAGCUCUGGCCCUCGAUAACCUAUACAUCAGAACAUCUUACACAUAUUUAUCGAAUUGUGUGCAAAUUCAUACUAACAACUUUUAAACAAUGAUGUCUUUUCAAACUGUUUGGACCGUUGUUUGCAUUGGAUUAUUAACUCUUAAAGAAUGUGGAAGUCUUCCAUGGAACACCGCUGGUGGUUUGAGAACCAACAAAGAAUUUCUAAAUAUUUGUGGACGUAAUACUGGAGAGCAGCACCCAUUUUUAUCUGAUGCAGUAGAUCGACUUAGAUACUUUUUAAGUAAUAAAAAGUAUGCAUCGCUAUCAUUUAUCUGGAAAACAUCUGAAGGAUCAAAACUAAUAAGUCUUCUUUGCACACUUCACCUGAAGAAAAACAUCAGACUUUCCUAUCCAGUUACCCAGUCUUUACCUAGGUUUCGGCGUGAAGUUCAGGAAGAAACGAAAACUGUUCUCAGUGGUCAAACCGCUGUGCUUACAUGUCCCUCCAACGAACAAAAUGUGGAAAAAAUCAUUGUCUGGAGUAAAGACGGUCUCAAGCUACCUAUAAACCCUAGACAGAAAAUUUUACGAAAUGGAAGCCUAACUAUAAAAGAAGUAACACAAAGUACAGAUGGAGGAAGAUACAGCUGCCGUUACCUUGACGAUAAACUUAGGUCAAGAAAAAAUGUUGUUAUUCUCAGAAUUACCGAACCUCCUACCAUCUCCCCUUUUCAGUUCUCCCCAGAUCUUGUUGUGGGGAUGACGGUAAGAUUGAUGUGUUUCGUGGUUCUUGGAGACUCUCCUUUUCAUUUCACCUGGCUAAAAGAUGGAUCCACCCUUUCAUCCAGCAACGGAUUGAAUGUCCAAUACUUCAGAGAUUACAGCAUUCUUUGGACAGAGAACUUACUCCAAAUGCACUCGGGAAACUACACUUGUAAUGUCAAAAACGAUGCGGGAUCAACAAGUUACAGUGCCAUCUUGAUCGUAAAUGCGCCCCCUAGCUGGAUUGAAGAGCCACAAAACUCCAAAGUUGUCCAAGGAAAGUCAGUUAGGAUUGAUUGCAGUGCUAAUGGAUCACCAACACCUACAAUAACUUGGAGAAAGGCCACAAACAACGAGCCCACGGAUUAUACACCAGUGUACAACAGCCAUAAAUACACUCUUUUACCUAAUGGCUCACUUCUCGUUCAUUCAGUUGGCAAAACCGAAGAAGGCUUUUAUCUUUGUGAAGCCCAAAACGGUUAUGGAAGAAACUUAAAUAAACUGAUCAACCUUACUGUACACCAACCACCGAAGUUCGACAUCAAAUUCAAAUCUCAUUCUGUACAGAAGGGCCAGUCAGUGGCUCUUUCGUGUACAGCGGGUGGAGAUGAACCAAUCGAACUUGUCUGGAAAAAAGAGGAUCGACUUCUAAAUAACAGCUCCAGAUAUCAGUUCACGAUAUCAGAAUUACCGCAAUCACAUCAAGUAUCCAUACUUGGGAUUGUGAGGACCAACAGAAACGACUCGGGGAUUUAUUCUUGUCGUGCACAUAAUAAGUAUGGGGAAGAUGAAAUGAAGUUCCAAUUACUGAUUCAAGAGGCUCCUGGUCCACCCUCAAAUGUAUCUGUCACCAACGUCACAGGAAGGACUAUUUCAUUGGCUUGGAUGGAACCAUACUCUGGAAACAGCGUCAUCUCUCGGUACUUAAUAAAAUAUCACAAAAAACUCUCUGGAGAGAAACAGAGAUCGAUCAAUAAUAUUACUGUUGACGAGCCUCAUCGUGUAGCCGUUCUUAGUGAUCUAGAACCAGCAACCACUUAUCUAGUUAGUAUUACUGCCCAGAAUUCAGUUGCUUGGGGCAUUCAGAGCGAAUGGAUCGCAGUCAAAACUGAAGAGGAAGUUCCAAGUGGUCCACCUCAAGACGUCACAGCACAAGCAACUGGGCCUAACUCAAUCAAAGUAGUAUGGAAGCCGCCAAGACAAGACUAUUGGAACGGAAAAAUUAUUGGGUAUUACAUCGGCUAUAGACCUGCAGACGAAACAAUGUACAUGUAUAAGUCGUUCGAUGUAAAAGAUGUGGAGGAGCGUAUCCAAUUUCAUCUGACAAAUCUACGGAGAUCAACCAUCUAUCAUAUCAUUAUCCACGCCUUCAAUAACAAAGGCCUAGGUCCUCGAUCUGAUGAAACAGAAGUGAAAACACUUGAUGAUGUUCCGCCCAGUGCUCCUGACCUGGAGAUGUUAUCUAAAACACAGUCAUCGCUUACUGUGAAAUGGUCUCAGCGAACAACGUUUGGUACAAGCAGGGUAGAAUACACGCUUCAUUACCGAGAGGAAAAUGAUCCCACAGACUGGACAGUAGUUCCCAUAGCAACCGACCAGAACCAAUAUGUGGUAGAGAAUCUGAAGUGUGGCGUUACUUAUCAGUUUUUUAUGACGUCACAUAACACUGUUGGUAGGAGCGAACCAAGUAAUAAACUGAACAUCAGAACAGUAGGAGCUGCCCCUGUAUCACCAGCUCGAGAAGAUUUUAUUGUAGUUAACAAAACCGAAGCUUAUCUUGAUUUCUCCAAAUGGCAAGAUGGCGGAUGUUCCAUAACAUCUUAUACGAUCAGAUUGAGGCAAAAGUUUCACAGCCGAUGGAGAACUCUGGCCGAAAAUUUACCGUUUAAUAACAGAUCGCCUUUUCAUAUCCAAGCUUUGUCUGUGGCUACUUGGUACGAAGUCUUAGUUGUUGCACAAAGUUCCGCAGGAGAUACUGAGGCUAUGUACAAUUUUAAAACACGGAACAAAACAAGAGAAAUUGCGAUAUCUGGAACUAUUGAUGUCCCGAAACCCCAUUACAGUGCUUUCAUUGUUGAUUUAGAAAUACUUAUACCAAUAGCUGUUUCCAGUUUCGUUGUAUUAGUGGUGAUAAUUGUGGGAUGUGUGCUUUGUAUUCGAGAAGCACGAUCUCGCCGACGAAGAAAUGAAAAUCAGGCAUAUGGGAAGACUACCGAAGAUAUGAUACAAAUGAAGGACAUUGGAAGCUCGCCAGCUGUAGACUAUGUAUCAAGCGAAGAUGGAACCCAGCGUUCAUCACCCUAUUCCCAAGCAACCAAUCACUGUCCUCCGAACCAAUCAACGUUCGGUCCACGACCAGAGGAGGAACUUCAUCCAUACGCCACUCCGUACGAUACUUUACCAGUCCCGCCCUCUAGUGACAACCAACAACAGUCAGGAACCUCUGACAUACACACCCUCACAAGGAGGGGAAGAAACAAGCGUACCAGUAACGUCUAUAGUAGACAGGACGAAUCAGCGAGAGCGGCCUUAUGAAUCGCUUGUGUUGACCCUUGACUGAAGUUCAUUUGCAGUAUGGCCUCUGAUUAAGUUUUGAAACAUAUUCAU